AUUUUGUCAUCCGCCCUCUCCCACCAUGGAAGCCUUGAUUCAAGCUCGCCAAGAGCAGUAUGGCUCAACUUCGGUGCCCUUGUAUGGCACUACGACAAGCGCAACUUCCCCGACUCUGACUACCCCGAGCUCUUCAUCAGCGGUAUCCUCUCAAACUACGUCCGCAAGAGUGAUACAUUCCUCCUCAUCCAGCACCCCUACCACCACUGCAUCCAGCCUGCCAUCGCACAGUAACGGAGUCAGCCAAGGCGCUCUGGCAGGUGCAAUCGUUGGAUCGAUUGCCGGGACUGCUCUUCUUGCCAUAAUUGGGGCUGCACUCUUCUUUCGAAGAAAGAAAGGCACAUCUCAUUCUAGCAGCUCUGGUGACUCCGAUCGGGAUGGCGUGGAGUUGGUGAAACCGCGAGCCAGAGUUCAAGCCCUAUCGAGUCACUCUCCCCUUUCUCCGACAGGCGGCCGAAAUUCGCUCCUCGAUUUGAUCCCUUUUAUUUCCCAGCCGGCCGACGACCAAACUGUCAGCACGCGCAUACAGACUCUCUUCGACCACAUCGGUCUGCAUAUCGACAACUACUACGUGCCUGCAAGACAUGAAACCGUAUCACCAAGCCCGGAGGAAGCUAUUCGCAUAGAAAGCUAUGCUUCUACCUCGAUUACCGGAUCCUUGAUCACCGCUUUAGCUAGCCGUCGCGCCCGUCGACCUGUCCUCAAUCAUGUCUUGGCUCGAACCAUCUUACAAGCAAUUCAACCUAGAGGGUCUCUGUAUCCUCCGUUCAUGGAGUCUCAUGGGGUUGAACCUCUCUCAGCCUCGACGUCGACUCGUGACAUGUUCGCGUGGCGCAUGCUGACAGCUCGUCUCCAUCCGGAGUACGUGGACCUGUCUUCGGCAGCUGCACAAAGGAACAUCGCUGCUCUCGCAGAGAAUUUUUCAGAAGCCUUUGCGAUAUACCAAGAUCCUGAACUCUCCGAUGCAGAGCGCCGGCGUCACCUGGCCAGUGUCGUUAGGGAGGCAGCUCAGCUGAGUGUAUGGCUGUUUACCCAGCCGUGCUCGUUCAACUUUAGCUGGAGUGCGCCGUCUCCUGGCUCUAUUGUUGUUCUACCAGCGGUCAUAAAGAUCAGUGAUGAACGGGGUGAUAUACUACCCGUGCCUCAGCAGAUGGUGGAGGAAACAAUUGCUCAGAUAUGAUUUUCUCAAAUACGUUCGAGAUAUAAUGAGUCGUAAUAGCUUGAUGACCAUGAAUGCCCC